GUGACUUGGGAAGUGCUGCUACCUACUGAACAACUGUCGAAGCUUUUAGUUGUGAUUGUGGUUGUAAUAAGGAGAAGCAAGCUGUUAUCACGAUGAAUGAUGCUCCAGUCUCUUGUUUACCGACAAACGCCAAAAUGUCGAAAGCUAAAAAAGUGAUCGACGAAGCAAAGGAAAUAAAAAAUCCAGAACUUGAUCUGGCUGAUAAAAAUAUUUCAAGUUUCGAAGAAAUGCCUGGACUAUUUAAUAUGUUGAAUAUCACGAGAUUGAGCCUGAGCCACAACAAGCUGAGUGUUGUUCCACCUGGGUUGGCUAAUCUGGUGAAUUUGGAAAUUCUAAAUCUAUUUAAUAACCAGAUUGAAGAACUACCUGUCUCACUUUCAUCAAUGCCGAAGCUCAGGAUAUUCAAUGUUGGCAUGAACCGAUUGAAUUCAUUGCCACGAGGUUUUGGAGCCUUUCCUGUUCUUGAAGUUCUCGAUCUAACUUACAACAAUCUGAACGAGAAUAGUCUCCCUGGAAACUUUUUUAUGCUGGAAACUCUUCGUGCUCUCUACCUGGGUGAUAAUGACUUUGAAAUUCUCCCCGCUGAAAUUGGCCAAUUGAAAAACUUGCAGAUUCUUGUUUUACGCGAAAACGAUCUUAUUGAGCUUCCUGCUGAAAUAAGUCAACUUACCAGACUGAGAGAACUGCAUAUUCAAGCCAAUAGGCUGACAAUCUUACCUCCAGAAAUUGGUAAUCUGGAUUUGGUUGGUAACAAAUCAGUAUUCAGAAUGGAUUUCAAUCCGUGGGUUACUCCGAUAAGUGACCAGCUCCAGGUGGGAGUUUCUCAUGUAAUGGACUACAUACGCACGGAAACCUACCGAUAUUUGUACAGUCGUCAAAUGGCUGCUCGUGGACCUCCCCCACCAAAAUUGAAUGACAAAACCAGGAAAAUAUCACGCCUUCGUCAGCAAAGUUAAACUUCAUGAAGCGCCUUCAUUAAUAUACACCAUUAAUUAAUAUAUUAACGUACUAAACCAGGAAUAAUAGCCUAUUCAUGGGUUGCUUUAAAAUAGCCUGAACUCUCGAAAAAUAUAAGGAAAAGAGGUUUCUUUCCUAAUGGAAACACUUCCCUUGUAUUACUGCAUUAAUUAAUCAAGUCAUAAAAUAACAACUGCUUGAAAGAUAGCAUAGACUGUUAUGUGAGAUGUGACAAACUAUUAUGUUGCUGACUGCCAAUUACUAGAAUUUUCAAAGCUAUUAAAGAUAUUCAAAGCUGUCAAGGACUAUUAAAAACACGAUAAUCCUCAUGAAUAUAGAUACCAUUUUUAUUGUUAUUAUUCAUCAUAAAUUAGUUUUAACAUAGGCUACUAUAUUUUAUAGAAUUAUUAGCAUUCUUAAUAAAAUAAUAACUAUUAUUAUUUCUCUUCUAGAAGUGUUUAUGCUUCUAGGAGUAGAAGCAUAAAUUUGAAUAACUCAAUAUAUGAUUUUAUCUGAAAACGCUUCAAGAGUUUUGUAUGAUAGGCUAUAUAAUAACUAUAAGCAAUGAAACAUUGUCCUGCCAGUAGAUACUAUAUGUCUAAUUAUAAACGUUUUCCGAUGCCAAUAAUGUUAUUCAAUAAAUUUGUUGUCAAAAGUUGUACAUAGACCUGGAAAGUUGCGAUUCUAUGUAAAGCAUUUUAUUAACUUAGUACAUAAUGUAGAGUAAUCUUUAAUAUUUAUUUUUGUUGUAUUUUGUAUGUAUAUUUUUUAUAGAUUAUUAACAUAUACAGUAUGUUAAAGUGCCUUCUAGUAUUAAACACAACUUACUAAACCAAAUUGUUGUUUAAUUAUGGCUUUUUUGGCUAGAAUAAUCAAGUGAAAGAAGCGUUGUCAUAUAGACAAGGUUGUCAGUGUACUUUUGGCCUUCCAAAACCUUUUUGAAACUCAACAAAAAAGUAGAUCAGUUGAUAAGAGUAGAUACGUUACCAGAAAAUUUCAAUUUUUUUAUAUAUUAUAUAAAAUUUACGGGAUUUGAGAGUACUCAAUUGAUUUGGAACAUUCAGCGGCAAACUUAUUUUGAUCAGUCUGAAAUGCUUCUUCAUAUUCAUUCAUCCCCAAAAUCAACUCAAGUUAAAAUAUUGUUCAUAAAGGAUAAUUAUUGUUCUUUUUCAUUCGGGAAUUUGAUUGACGCUCAUAACGUAGCAAAAAAUUAUUAUAGAAUAUUCCAUGAGCAUUCCCAUUCAUGAAUUGAUUGUACCAUAGCCACCUCUAAUACACCUGUAAGAGGUGGCUAUGAUUGUACUCAUCCUAUAGUUUUGAUGGUACCAAUACAGGUGAUAGAUAUUACCAAUAAAGAUAUUGAUUGAAUGUUGUCCUAAGCAACCAAGAUGGUAAACAUAAAAAUUGGCAUUUUUCAAGUUAGUAUCAUUUUUAGUGAAGUGGAAUUAAUCCCAGUGUCUACUACUUCAUACGGUUAUUAUUACUCAAAAACUACUUUUACCAUUAUUUUUGACGAGUCAUACUUUGAUGAAAAGGUUUUCCAAUAAAAUUUCUUAGUCUUAAUAUUAGAGAUUUAGAUAGAUAGAGAUUUAUAAUAAGUCUUAAUAAGAUCAAGAAUUGUUACUCAUUAAUAAAGUAUCAAAUCAUUAUCUAAUACCUCGGAAUUUUGUUCAAUGGAUGAAUUCGGCAUUCGGCUCUAUAGCAGUCUAAAUAUGAAAUGGUUUUUACUAUCUAUCUCUACUAAGGUCAUCUACUAUUGCCACUAUCAACCUUCAAAGGUAGAUAAGGAAAGGGUUCGAAGGUAGGGAAUAAAAUGCAUUAUAAAGUCAACAGGAAGUUUAUUGUGUAAUUAUAAAAUUAAUUCACAAAAUAUUGCUUCACACUAUUAGGAUAAAGUGAGCUAGAAAAAUAAAUUCUUGCUUUCUUAUAAAUAUAAAUAUUGAUAAAAAUUCGUCAUAUCACGGAGGCACUGGCAGGGAUUUGCUCACAAAUUAUAGGAACUGCACUUUAAAUUGUACAGUUGUCAUGUACUGUAUUUCUAUAUUGGACGGAUAAUAAUAAUAAUUCAAUUUCGCUGUGCUCAGUUAUAAUAAUUAUUUGAGACAUCUGAUUGAAACUUACAUUUACAUUAUCAGUGAUUAAUAAUGAAACAAGGAAACUUAACUGUUUUCUUUGUUCCAUGUGAUAAAUUGAUCAAAAGCUAUCACAUAAUUUUAUAAUUAGAUGUUAUAAGUAAAUGAAUACUAGUAAUUAUUUACAAUAUUGACAUUUUUUACAAUCUUAUUUAUUUCUAAUAAUAAGUUAGACUAUAUUAUUUUUGUUCUUGAUGACAUUAUUCUAUUAUUUCCACGCCUCCAUUUCGUUCAACAAAAGUUUAUAAUUAUUAUACUAGAUAAUGCAGGAAUGAACCAAAGGCUUUGAAUCUCUUAAUAUUUCUAUUGAUAUUCAAUAUCAAAUUGAGAACUUUGAAAAUUUACAUUUCAGAAACAUGAAUAAGAUGAAA